AUGAUUGCUAUAAAAGAUGUUGUUGCUUGGACCACAAUGAUCAAUGCAAAUGCGAUGCACGGGAAUGGAAAAGAAGCACUCUUUCUCUUUGAGAAGAUGCUACUAUCAAUGGUCAAGCCCGAUUCUGUUACUUUUAUUUGUGUUCUAUCUAGCUGUAGCCAUUCAAGGCUGGUAGAGGAAGGAGUCCAGAUAUUCAAUUCAAUGAGUAAGGAUCAUCUUGUUGAACCUAAUGCUAUACAUUAUUCAUGUGUGGUCGAUAUCUAUAGCCGUGCUGGUCGCCUCAAUGAAGCAUAUGAGUUUAUACAAAGAAUGCCUAUGGGACCAACUGCUGGUGCUUGGAAAUCACUCCUUGCUGGUUGUAGGGUUUAUAAGAAUGUGGAGUUGGCAAAAAUUUCAGCUAAGAAACUAUUUGAGAUUGAGCCAAGCAGGUCUAGAGACUAUGUUGCUUUAUGCAACAUUCUUGUUACUGCCAAAUUAUGGAGUGAAGCUUCAAAAAUCAGAAUGUUUAUGAAAGAGAGUGGAAUUACAAAAACUCCAGGAUGUAGUUGGCUUCAUGUGGGAAAUAGAGUUCACAACUUUGUUGCUGGAGACAAAAGUAAUAUGGAGAAUGAUAAAAUCUAG